GGAUGUCCGAAUUUAUUGUGUUGACUGGAGGACCACCAUGGGGUUUUCAAAUUAUUGGUGGUAAAAAUACAAAUUAUCCGUUGAAAAUUUUAAAGGUGGAUAGUUAAAAAUAUUUAUGAAAUUCGAAGACAUGAUGUAUAAAAUUUGCUGAUAUAUAAUUGAACAAUCAAGUGACACACUAUGUGUUUAUUUAUUAAUUUUUUUCAUGAAAAUAUUUGAUGAAUCUAUUUAAAAAAUUUUCAUAAAAAUGGAAAAGGUUAGUUAUAAUGUUGAUUGCAGAUGUGAUGAAUAUGUAAAUAAAGAAGGAAAAGCUUCUAAAGCAGGAAUUCAAGAAGAAUAUCUUAUUGAUACAAUAAACUCGGUUCCUGUCAAUCAUCUUACCUGUAGUGAAGCUCAAACUUUGAUAGAAAAUUCAGGUGAUAUGAUUUCUCUUGGUAUAUUUAGACCAACAAUACGUGACGUUGUCGUGCAAAACGAUAAACUUCCGAUAUUAGAAAUAAAGUCAGUUGAGAAUAUUAAUAAAACCACUAAUCCAAGAGAAGAACACAUAGCUAAUAAAAAAAGUAAAAGAGUUCGAAAACGUAGGAAAAAAAAGAAACAAACCCUAGCAUCAGAAAAUUUGUUAUUACCGGUCCUUCCAGUAAAAGUUAUUGAUUCUGAAAUCCAGAGUCCGAGAAUAGAAAUUUUUUGUGCAACUCCUAAUGUUCAAGUUGAUGAACUCGAAUGGAUCAAGAAAAAUGAAGCUCUUUUAAUAUCUGAACUAGAAACCCGGAGAUUAGCCGGUUCACCUGUACAAGUAGUUGUUAGAGUUGAAAAAAUUGUAUCAUUACGUCCAGAGUACUGUGAAAUUUUAUCAGACAGUUGCCAUUUAGACGUUAUUAAAGAAGAUACAAGUAAUAGUGACGAAGGUUCUGAGAGCAAAAGUAUUGCAAACCACCAUGGAAGUUUAUCAGAAAUACUCAAAAAUUCAAAAUUAGAAAAAGGAAAUGUAAUUAAGUCUUUGGUGGUCAAUAAACAAAACCAGAACAAUAAACUUGACUUAGAAAAACUUGAAUCACCUUCGUUAGUAAAAAAAUCUGAUACAUCUCAAUUAAUGGAUACAGAUUUUUCAGCUAAAACUAUAUCACCAACUUUAAUUGAAGUUUCUGAAAAAGUAAAAAAUAUUUCAUCUGAUGAAGAAACCAUAAAAGAAAUCGAAUGUGCUAAUAAAGAAUUAACACAUAACAUAUCAAACUGUUCUACAAUUAAUAUUGUUCAAACAAUUCUAAAUAAUAACAAUUAUGAUAUGAAAAACUAUAAUAUUGAUUUAAAAAAUUGUGAAAAUGUAGAAGAUGUUAAAGACGAAUAUGAUAACUAUAAUGAAGAACAACAACGAAUAAUUUCAGAAAUAUUUACAGAAAAAGAACCAAUUAGCGAAAAAUCCUGUAAUAAACAAUCGAUUUUAUCUAAAAACAUUUAUAUUCCAAAUAAAGACCUCAACACCGAAUACAAAUUUAAUAGAUCACAAUAUAUAAACUUCAAUCAACACGUUAAUUCAAAUUAUCGCAAGAAACAUCUCGAACAAAAUUUGCAAUACUCUUCAGACGAUAGUACUAUUAAAGAAAAUGAAGUAGAAUUUAUUCGAGAAAAAUCAUUGAAGAUGAAAUUUGGUAAUCAACAUGGGCAUUUAGGAACCGAGACAAUAUAUGACAAACUCAAACGUGUAGCACUUUUAAUCCAGUCAGAGGAUACUGAUGAUUACGAGGAUAUUUCUUAUAGAACUAAUUCAGGAGGUGGGAUUUCCGAUGUGGAUACCGAUAUUGAUUGGAUGAGUUAUACAAUGUCCGAUAAUGGAGAAACAUCUAAGUCAUUGUGUUUGUCACCUAGUCAACAGUACCGUGCUCCCUCAAAUGCAUCUGAAGCGUCUGAUAUUAUAGAACUACACAAAAUAUUUACUGGUAGAGCAAAAAGUCCGAACCAUAAUCGACCAACUUUUGAAUCUAUUGUAGAUAUUCUAGGCCAGGUUGAAUCUACAAAAUCACUAGUAAAUUACAGCUCUCAAGUUAUAGAUAUGGCUUGCCAGUUGUGUGGUAUCAGUGAUGAGCCAUUGUUGGACGCUCAUCGUCUUUUAUCUCUAUGUAAAUACCAUGAUACCCGAUCAAGCAGAUUAUUGAAUGCGGUCCAACAGGAGUACCGACGAUCUGAUCGAUCAGCGCCCGUAACAGUAUCAACCGAUCGACUGCCUGUGAUCACUAAUAAUAAUAGUUGCAACGAUAAUAAUAUGUUUAUUGACACGUUUUCGGUGCCGGAUAACCGCACACGAGAGCUCAUGUAUGCUGAGUAUAUGGAAAAAGUUAAGGAAAGAGAGAACCGUCUCAACAACAAAGUCAUACGAAUAACUAAACCCGGUAGACCUUUAUCAUCGUCAUCUUAUGGAUCUCAAUUAGACGUUGACACCGAAUUUGUAACCAAAGCCAGAGAGAGGCUAGAGAAACUAGGUGUGGACACAACUGACGUAAUGUUUGUGGAAACAAGAAAUGACAGUCAAAAUGAUGAGUACCCAAAGCACCUUGUAGACAUUGUUCCUGAAGAUGAGGUUUGCAUUGAAGAAGUGAAACUGAAUGGUGUUUGGUCACCAGAAGUAAAACACAAACCGUUAGAUUUAGAAAGUAUCUCUAAUAGGAGACCUGAGAAAAAACCGUUAAUCCCAUCAUCGGAACUACCUUCAGUAUGGACUCCAAAUUCCAGUCCAGUUCCCGAAAGAAAGUCCUAUAAACCAGUAAAAUUUGAAUCACCAACUUUAUCCAGAAAGUCAAUUAACAAAGACGUUCAAAAAACACCAUCAAAACCACCAACAAAUUUACCAGUGUUAAGUUCUCCACCUCCCACGCCAUCUCCAUUAUUUACACAUAAAUUACAAGGUGAUGCUAAUGCAAAUAGUACAGAGAGGAGACUUCCUAGAGUUCAAAGUCCCACCGUGACUCUUCUUCAAAAAGCAAGAGAAGGACAACUACCCCGGGGUUCAGCAUACCUUGAAUCAGAGGAAACAGUCAUGAAUAAAGAAAAUAAAAAUAGAGGUUCUUCUAGUAAACGCAAUGUUGAUCCUAAUAAUUUAAGUUACUCGGAAAGACGUGAUUAUGUUUGUGCAACAAAAGAAAAAAAACAAAAAAAGAUGGUUGACGUCAGUUCGAAAAAAUAUGAAGGCAUAGGGCCUACCACCAAAGAAGGUGUACCAAUAGUAUUAAAAUCAGAACUUAAGGAAUCAAAUCAGCCAAAGUGGUAUAAACAAAUGUAUGAAUCGCUACAUAAAUUUCAAACUGAUGAUGACGGUGUUAUUAUUCGAUACAAAACCUUAACCAAAGAGCCACAAACAAGAAAUUUAAAUGGAUAUUUAUCAGAACCAGAAAGAGGCUAUGAAUCUUAUGACGAAGCAUAUUCAAUAAAGCCGGUUAAAUGUAGUCAAGAACGAUACAAAAAUCAACCAAGGCCUAUUGAAAAUUAUGAACCAGGUCAUUCUUCAAUUGCCGAAAAAGAAUCAAAACAAUAUUGGGAUGAUGCUAUAAACUCAUUUGAGGGGAAUUUGGAAAAAAAAAUACCAUUACCCCAUCACAGGUCAUCAUCAAAAAAAUCUCAUUUAGCUCAAGCUCUCAAAGAAUCAGGUUAUGACAGUGAUUCUACAUUAAUUUUCAAGAAAAAAGAAAACUCACCUCAAUGCUUAUCACCAACUGAACAGAAAAAUGCGUAUAAAGUAAUUCAAAGUGGUGGUGAAGUACCAUUUCAAGGAUUACGUAAAGCUGCUCCCGAGAGACCUAAAGAUUUAGAAAUGGAAUACUUACCAAUCACGUCUCAUUUGACUCGUAUUCAUGUUAUGAAAUAUGAUAAUCAAAUAUUUCACCAUCCUUGGAAAGAAGUAACGUGUUACCCAGUUUUUUCAACAUUUAAAAGAACUUCAAGAUCAAAUGCCAGCUCUUCAGUUUCACCGCCAACACCGCCUAGGCGUGAAUCAUCAAGAAAAAAUUCGAGAUUAGAACGUUGGAAUAAAGAAGAUGUUGCAGAAUCUAAUUUUACAGUAAAAAUUGGAAAGCCAAAAUCUGAAAUAGAAAAAAGAUCAAAAAAUCCAAGUUUCAAAAAUUCUAACAAAGUAACUAGCAAUGAAUUAAAAACUGAAAAAGAAAAAUCGCUUCGUGUAACUCUAGCUGUAUCCGCAAAAGGAAAAGAACUUAAGCGGUCUGCCACUUUAUGUGAAAAAUCUUCGGAAUCGCCCAUUCCCAAAAGAACAAAAUCAUUAUCAUUGCCGUCAAAAAAGACGACUGUUGUUUUAAAAAAUAAAGAAAGAAUACCAAAAACAAUACUAGUAAAAAGUAACAGUUCGUCUAAAAGAAAAAGCAACAGAAACGAAGAAAAGUCAAUGGUAAAAUUAAAUGUUGGUAAUGUAAAAAAUGAAGAACAACAAAUUCAAUUUGGCGAAGAAUAUAUUCAAAGUGUUUCUGUAGCUAAUGAAGGAGAAAAAAUAUCUCGGGUUAAACAUAUAGAAUCCGCUUUAAAACCAAGAGAAAGUAAAUUAGAUGUAUUUUUGAUAAAUAGAAAACCAGUAUCACAGUCGAAAUUUAAAACGUAUGAUAAUAAAAUUUCAAUGGAAACCGAUUGGGAUCAAUUUGGUGAGCAUACGAAUAAUUAUUUUAAGGGUAGAAGUGCUAGCGAACCACCUUCGAGAUCACCUUCUUCACGACGUAUUAGAAGUUUUCAUACGCCUGUGAAGUUAAUUGAAAGUAUUACAGGUAUACAUAAGUGUCAUCGUUCUAAAAGUGUUGAGGAACCAAUUGAACGAGCAAGAAAUGCUGCAAUUGAUUAUGAAUAUCAGACCUAUGUAAGAGAAUUAAGACAUUCAGGAAAAAAAUCAGAGCGAUUCAAAGAAUUACAUAACUUUUACUGCAGUUUAGAAAGAUUAAGCGAGUUAGAAAAAACUGCUGAAAAGGCUAGUAAUAAAGUUAGAAAACGUAGUGAUUUAAUUGAUUUCGACAAGUGGAAAACAAUAAGAGAAAAAGAGCGAGCAGAAUAUGAAAUAAAAACAAUACAAGCAAAUUUAGAAAGUAUACAAAAAUCAAAAGACGUUUUGUUUAAAAUUAAAGAUCCAGAAAACAUACGUUGGAAAAAAGGCCUAGACCGUGGCUUAAGAAAUCGAGAGUCUUCCGUUGAAGAUUUAAAAAGAAAGUUUUACGUCAUAGGAAACGAAACUUUUCGUAAACCCGAAAUAAACGUAUAUAGACCUCUAUGGAGAGGAUCAUCUGUUCAAGAUGUAGCUAAUUCUUUAAAAAACACAACGUCGUCCAAAAGAGGACGACCAGUUUCUGAAGAUAGAGAACGAAGUUCUACUUCUGUUCCAAGGAGAGCGACUUCUAAGAGUGUAGCAAAUAUUGGUGGUCGAAUUUGGAGUAGUUUGUCUAUGGAACAGUUAAACAGAUUAAAAACUCAACUAAAUGAAGUUUACAGUAGUUUGUCUCAUAUUAAACAGGAAAGAUGUUCUAGAUCGAUUAGUAGAAUAGAAAAUAAGAAAAAUUAUGAAAUAGAAGUGAACGGAAGAGUAAAAAAAUCAAACAUGAGUUCUUCUUUGUACGUGAGAUCUAGCUCAAUGGGAGCUUCUCGAAAAACAGAAGAACAUGAACAAAGUAUUAAAAAAGCUGAUUCUAUAGGUUCAGUUUGUUUAACGGAGAGCGAAAAAAAAAAAAUUUCAAAAUGUAUUAGUAAUGAAGUAUUAGAAAAAAAAAAGAAAAAGUAUUCCUCUAACGUGGUAAUACCUAAAGAAACUUUAGGAGCAGUUGCGGCUGUAAAAAGCAAAAAUACAGGAACUGAAUGUAUUUCACCAAGAACUUGUUAUUCUAUUGAUAUGUCUGAAGAAGAGUCGACAUCUAAAAAUGAAAAGAAUAAUUACGUUUUAGUAUUAGCUGACAAUGAAAACAAAAAGCAAAUGGUAUCAGAUUGGGCUAAUGGUAAUAACUAUAGUGAGUCGAGCUCAUCUGCGUCUACUGUAAUACACCUUGGUUCGAAAAAAACAACUUUGCAUUCGUCCCAUAGUUUUACUUCAAUGAAAUCAAUGUUGGGAGAAAGAGAAGUAAUGCAUAAAAUAUUGUCUCCAUUACAGGAUCAAUUUUACCAUAAAUCCAGGCUGGUUGAAUAUGGUGCUGUAAGAAAAUUAUGCAGAAAAUUCGAAAGUUUUGACGACCUUCGGUUUUUACACUGUGACUCCAUUUCCAAUGAAAAUAAUAUAAUAUAUUUAAAAAAAUACAGAAGUGAAUCUGAACUUUGCAAAAACGUCAUAAGGAACCAUGAACACGGCGACGUUAAAAAUCUUAAAAUAAAAUACGAACAUUCUAAAAGCCCAGUUCCUAAAUAUCCAUUAAGGCCUGAAAAUCGCUUGAUGCCUCGUAUAAAUGUCAUUAGUAAGCUAGCUAAUCUUCAAAAUAGGUUAUCUAGGGGCGAGGUAGACAGAAUAAGACGCAUGUUUGAAUAUAAAAAUAGAGCUUUUGUGUUAGGGCAGUUUUAUACUUCCACUCCUGACUUAAGUGAAGCUAGAAAAAUGUUACCAUUUCUUGACUGUAGCUGGCUGGCACAUAAAUAUCCUGAACCCGAACCAGUAAACAGAAUUAGAGUGAGGCCCAAGUCUACUUCACCCGUUAGAUGUAAUAGAAAACAUCAUCAUCCAUCUAUACUAAAACAAUCAAAAAAUGACGGAUUUUUAAGCCAGCCCUAUAAUCCGGAAGCUCAUAAACCCAAAUACAGGUGGACACCAGUUUGGAAUGGCGUUUGGACUCAACAACCUACUUUACCACCUAAACCAUCAGUUGUUAAAUUUAAAGAUUCGCCACACAAGUAUGCGGAGUCGGAGGUGACACUACAAUAUCGUCGUCCGGUUCGAAACGAGAUCAAAGAAGAAUGGUCCGAAGAAGAGUUGGCCAUAAAACAGGCGGAAGCUAUGAGAAGAAUUUACCAAGAAGAGAGGAGACGAAAGUAUUUACAAGAGCUCCAGGACAUGUCAAACCGACGACAUGCCGACAACUUACUGCCUUCGCAGAAAUCACCUAUAGCUUUGAAUCGUUACGAUGAUUUCCUAGAUGAGAGUCCUCAACCACCUAGAAGUCGUACUCCAGAGCCCAAGUUGGUCGCCAGAGCGUUAUACAAUUUCAUCGGUCAAACAUCUAGAGAGCUGUCGUUCCGGAAAGGUGACAUCAUAUUCGUCCGGAAACAGAUCGACAAGAACUGGUACGAAGGGGAGCACAACGCCAUGGUCGGAUUGUUCCCUUUCAACUAUGUCGAGGUAAUCCCGUAUGAUGGAGUUAGAACGACACCACAUCGACCAUACGAGGGCCAAGCAAGGGCAAAAUUCAAUUUUUUGGCUCAGACCAACAUGGAGUUAUCUUUGGUCAAAGGAGAAUUGGUCGUUUUGACAAGGCGCGUUGACAACAAUUGGUAUGAAGGAAGAAUCGGUAGUAGGAAGGGAAUUUUUCCUGUUUCUUACGUUACUGUUUUAGUGGAACCGGGAGAUGCUCCAAAUUCAUCACUGAGUGCACCUUCUAAACCCGUAGCGUCACCAGCAGCGCACUCUCUCAUAACCAGUAACCCGCCGAACACGCAGCAUGCCUAUCAGCCGGAUAGCUAUUCGUCAAUGCCAUCGAAAAAUAAUUCUGGAACACAGUCGAAAAAAUUAACCAAUAACAAUAUGAACGAAACGCUUCACGUCGACGUACAUUCAGAACCCAUACCUUAUAGGGCGUUAUAUAACUAUAAACCACAGAACAAUGAUGAGCUGGAGCUCAGGGAAGGCGAUGUAGUCUUUGUUAUGGAGAAAUGCGAUGACGGAUGGUACGUUGGAUCUAGUAAACGAACGGGCUGUUUUGGAACUUUCCCGGGUAAUUACGUCCAGCGCAGCGUUUAAUUGUCGAUCGCUGGCAGCACGUCAUUUCCUCCGUGGUAAAAAAAAAGCGUAAUAUUUUAUUUAUUUUAUAUACCAAAGGUAGUAUAGAUAAAUUAUUUUUAUUUUAAGUUAUUGUUGAUUAUAGUUGAAAACUAUACAAUUUUAACAUGUAUAUUCGUUUGUAAUUAUUUAUUGUUAAAUGCAUUACAUUAAUUUAAUUAUUCUAAUUCUUAAUGACUUUUAUUUUACUAUAAUAUAAAAAAUGUUGUAAACAUAACCAACACUACCUAGUCAUGGAACUUCACAGAUUAUAUAAUUAAAAAUAAGUAGCAACAAAAUAAACAGCUAACAUAAAAGUUAUUAUUUGACAUAUUUAAUAGGAUAAAUAUAAAUUAAAAAAAGAAACUUGUCAAAUUAUUAUUGAUAAUUAUAUAACUACUUGAUUCCUUUUUAAUAUUUUGAUAAAUGUUACGGAUUUUUUUUUUUUUAUAGAUUUUUAGUCUAAUAUACACGAGUCACGAUUACACCCAUUUUUGUCAUUACUGUUAAGUUUUAAAUGUUUAUUUAAUUUUAAUUUUAAGCAUACUUAAUUAUUUAUAUAAUAAACAAAGUGUUCCUUAAAUUGUACCUAUAACUAACUUGAUAAAAAUAAAAUGAAUGUAUUGAUGUGUCGUUGUUGUUAAUCCUUCAGAAAUAAUCAAUAACAGAAUGAGGAUAUAAACUAUUAUAGGGGAUUAAUAUGAAUUUUAUUUUAUUUAAAACAUUUUGAAAAUAAACAUAUAACUAUUUGUAAAC